GGCCGGCAUUGACGAACUCGGCCCGUGCGUUUUUAUUCUUCUUCAUCUCCCUAGUUCCUCAUUCCUCGGGAGGCUCUCGCAGGUGAGGGAUUUUGGAUGCAGUGGCCUUGAUCUGUUCUGGUUUGGGACAGUAUGGCCGAGAUCUGCAAGCAGGCGACGAAGGUCUCCUCGGCAUCGAUCGGUGAGACCAGGCUGCGGCGGUUCAGGAUCGUCACUGCGGUGGGGGAGGAUACGGGCAAGAAGCGGCAUAGAGUGGAUCCUGGUUGCGACUACGUUGAGAACCACGGAGAGGAUACAAGGAAUGGGUCGACACAGAGGACAAGAGCAGCAUUGAUGGAAUCGGAGCGUACUUGCAGAGCUAGAGAUUUGGAGUCGAUGGUUGGGGAUGGGCGUCCAAGGUAUGGGGUGACAUCGGUCCGCGGUCGGAGGAGGGAAAUGGAGGACGCCGUUACUGUUCGCUUAGACUUCGUUCAUCGACACCAUUUCUUCGGCGUCUACGACGGUCAUGGAUGCUCGCAUGUGGCGGAAUCAUGCAGAGAUCGGAUGCAUGAGAUGGUGGUGGAGGAAAUAUCGGCAUCGAUGCCUGGGAAGGGUUUGGAUUGGCCUGCCAUCAUGGAGAUCAGCUUCGCGCGGAUGGAUGCGGAGGCUGUGGCCUGUUGCAACGGAGGGUCGGCGCCAGGCACAGUGGUGGCGUCCUGCCGGUGCGAGAUGCAGACGACCAAGUGCGAUCACGUCGGCUCCACCGCCGUGGUCGCGGUGGUGGAGUCGACAAGGAUCGUCGUCGCCAACUGCGGCGACUCUCGUGCUGUGCUCUGCCGAAACGGCGUGCCCGUCCCUCUCUCGUCCGAUCAUAAGCCGGACCGACCCGACGAGCUGAGACGGAUCGAGGAGGCCGGUGGUCGAGUCAUCUACUGGGACGGCGCCAGAGUUUUGGGUGUCCUGGCCAUGUCGCGAGCGAUAGGCGAUAGUUAUCUGAAGCCGUACGUGAUAGCGGAGCCGGAGGUGACGGUGACGGAAAGGAAGGAGGAGGACGAGUGUCUGAUCCUGGGAAGCGACGGACUCUGGGACGUGGUGAGCAACGAAAUGGCGUGCGAGAUCGCGAGGACGUGCCUGCGGAACAGCGGCCCGAGGGCGAGGACCGCGGUGGCGAUGAGGGAAGCGGAAGAAACGGGGUCGGACAGGGCAUGUUCGGACGCGGCGCUUCUGUUGACGAAGCUAGCGUUGGCGCGGCGCAGCACGGACAACAUCAGCGUCGUCGUCGUCGAUCUCAGAACAAGACGCUGAAACGAAGCGCCGCGUGUCAGUGUCUGGGACGUCGGACUGUCAAACGGGUCUCUUUAGUUUUUAGUAGGGGAUUUUUUUUUUUUUUUUUGAAGGCAGGUUCAUGUUUUUUGGCCGUAGGAUUAGGAAAUCAUCCAAUCCCGAUUCAAAAGAAAAGCAAUCGAGAUCGUUGGUUUUAAAUCGAUGGCUUGAUUUGAAUGAUCGUUGGUUUUAAAUCGAUGGUUUUAAAGCUAGAGAUAAUCGGUCCUUCAUUUCA